AGUUGGGGAGGGGGAGGCUAAAAAGAGUUGGGAUUUAAUAAUAAGCUUAAGAAGCUUAAAUACUGACAUUACUUAAACACUGACAUCGUUUCGCGUCUCCAGCUUGGAUUUUGCAUAGUUAUGUAAAGCAAGUCUCGGUUUUGGCUUCAGUCUCAAAUGUUUUGCGGUCUGAUUUUUAACAAACUCAUUCUCGGUUAUUAAGAUUGUUAUACGUUGCUGUGUGAUCGAUCAAGUAACUUUAUUAUGCAAACUAAGUUCUUAUGUAUGAUACAAACUGUGCAAGUAAUAUUGCGCGCCGACGUGUUGGAAUCUGCAAAUUGUUGCAUAAGCAGCUCUGUUCCUCUUUUGAAAAAAAUAAAGCCAAACAACAAAAACAAUAGAAACAAUAAUAAUGACGAGGUCAUGUGGUCAGUUUCAUCAAUGUCUUAUUAGUCAUUGCUUUUGUCCAUCAAGAUUUUCUAAAUAGUCUAUGUCUUGUAUUUUUUCAGACCAUACACGUCUUUUUAGCAUAAUACACAUCAUAACAUGUUCGUCCAAAGGGCCCAAACUCCUUGCCCUUUAAUUUUCAAAUUAACUGAUUACAAGCGUCAUAAUUGAUUCGGCGUUGCCAUAACGAGUUUACAUCACGUCAACGUUGCAUUAUAUCUUCAACGGAAUUUUUACGAAGUGAACACAUGCCUCGCAGUAAGAGGCGGUCUUCCUCCCCUCCAAGGCCUGUUUCUAGCGUGCCGGCGGCCAGACCUGCUUCAAGCGUGGCGCAGCCAGCACCACAACAACCAAGACAACCUGGACUGUUUGGACAAAUGGCGUCCACGGCGGCUGGUGUAGCGAUCGGUACAACUGUGGGUGAUGCUGUGAGUAGUGCUCUGUUUGGUGGGGAAUCAACAAAGCACCAACGUUAUGAUCUACAGCAGCAGGAUCAGGGACCUUGUCAGUACGAGCUGCAACAAUUUGUGGAUUGUGCACAGAACCAGGGGGCGGUUACGCUGUGUCAGGAAUUCAGUGAGGCACUCAAGCAAUGUAACCUGACAAACCGCACUGAGGGGUCAAAUUUGGCGAGAAAUGCUCUAGGUAAAUAUAACAGCUUAGGCAAGGGGCUAUAAGAUGGUAAUGACCUCUAAUCAAACUGAGGUGAUGAGAAUAGCCUACACUGUAGGCGUUCCAAAGGGUGAAGCCAAGUGGCCUGUUAGGCCGGGGCUUAUCUUCGAUUUCUACGUAGCACGAAGUGACCAGGAGUAUUUCUACUCCCCCUGGAUGGGAUACGAGUCCAUCCCAGGGUAACCCCCUAGUACUAAAUUCGCCGGUACCCAUUUUUAGAGCUGGGCGGAGAGAGGCACUGCGAGAGUAAAGAACAAAGCGCAAUGUCCUAGGCCAGGGCUCGAACCUGGACUGCUCGAUCCAGAAGCGAGCGUACUAACCAUGAGGCCACCGUAGCUGUUCCAAGGCGAAUGAAUAACAAGGUAACUGCUUGGUAUACUAAUGAACUCUCAUAACAAGAACUAAAAGAAUUGCGUUGGAGUCAUUGAGCGGAUUAUAGCGUUUUCUAUUCGCAGGAUCGAAACAUGGUUGGCAGCAACAAGUGGAAAUUGGGUCACACUUAC